AUGCCCACAGCCUUGUACGUAUUAAUUGAAGACGUUGUUGCGGUGGAUGGUGGAGGUGGACAGGUAUACAGAAGGGCAAUUCGUGAUAGAUAUCUCUCCAGCCCUUACUUCAGACAGAUGCUCUUUGAAAUGAAUUGCUUUUGGGGUGGCGGGUCAGUGGUCUUUGCAGCGGUCAUCACUGCUCUGGUAUUUACAACACCUAGAGACGUGGCAUAUACGGCUGAUCUUCGCAAGGAGAAGGCUGCCUGGGGGAAAUACUCCCUUCAUGGGAUUCCUUAUACUGAUGACAUCACUUGUCCUACACCCCAGACUAGGUUUAUAUCCGUUUCUGGCAGGUUGAUGUCCUCAUUACCAUUCCAGAAGCCGGUAAAGCCCGAUAGAAUUGACGAUAACAAUGUCGCAUCGGGUUAUGAUUCCGAGACUGUAUAA